ACACUUGUUGAAAUACGAUUCAAUGCUUGGAACUUUCAAAGCAGAAUUCAAAAUUGUGGAUGAUACAACCAUUAGUGUUGAUGGCAAGCCAAUUAAGCACAUUCAAGCUGGUGCUAAGAAAGUUAUCAUGACUACUCCAGCAAAAGGUGCAGACAUUCCAACUUAUGUUGUUGGAGUCAACGAAGGUGAUUACUCUCACGAGGUCUCAAACUUCAUAAGUAAUGCCUCUUGCACCACAAAUUGUUUGGCUCCUUUUGUAAAAGUCAUGUAUGAAGAAUUGGGUAAGCACUUCUUCACAUUCAUUCAGAUGUUAGCUCAUUCGAGACUCUUGGACGCUUCACACUGUGACUUGAGGAGAGCUAGGGCCGCAGCAUUAAACAUAGUCCCAACAAAUACUGGUGCAGCCAAGGCCGUCUCUCUUGUGCUACCCCAGCUCAAGGGCAAGCUCAAUGGUAUUGCACUCCGUGUACCAACACCAAAUGUUUCAGUUGUUGACCUUGUUGUGAAUGUUGAGAAGAAGGGGAUUACAGCUGAGGAUGUCAAUGCUACCUUUAGAAAGGCAGCUGAGGGGCCAUUGAAGGGCAUAUUGGCUGUCUGUGAUGUUCCUCGUGUCAGUGGACUUCAGGUGGUGGCCUGGUACGACAAUGAAUGGGGAUACAGCCAAUGGGUCGUUGAUUUGGCACAUCUUGUAGCAAGCAAGUGGCCCGGCAUGCCUGCUGCAGGAAGUGGUGAUCCCUUGGAGGAUUUUUGCGAGACAAACCCUGCUGAUGAAGAAUGCAAAGUUUAUGAAGCUUAGAUCAUUCCAGUUUUCUUGUCAGGAUGAAUGCUAUAAUGACCAAGUUUUCACAGAUGCUUAUUUUGUAAUAACAGUUGGUUCAUCAUGAACAGAAUAAUCUUUUGAAAUAGCCAAUGCAAUUAAUGAGAUUGCUUCUA